GAAACAUUGUCACUGCGCAUGCGCACCAACGUCAGCUCCACCCGGAAGUGCGUCUGAGCGGCAGAGAUGGAGGGAGUUUGAAAUGGGUUUAAUUUUUCUCAAAUUUGAUAUUUUCUGGAUUCAUUCUCGUGUGUUUCGCCGGAAAACGCAAUGAUUUUAUUUCGCGCAACAGCUGAAGUCAUAUUUUGAAGUUAAAGGACUGGACCGGUGAUGUCAGCGGAGCCUGAUGUCCGUGUGGCUCCUGAACCCCUGCGGCUCGAUCCGGUCCGCACCGCAGAACUGGUCUGCCCCGAUCUGGACCUGUCCCUGACUCUGACCCCGGAGCGACCGGCAGACCGCCGCCAUCGCCAGGUGCGUUUCAAUGUGAGUCCGCAGCGCAGCGCUCGUUCAGAGCGGGAUCCGGCCGUCAUCACGCUGAUCCCAGAACCCAGAAAUCAACCCACGGCCCACAAACCUCGACACAAAGACAAGCUCGGUCAUGGAUCAGCGCUGGUGACGGAGGGGGCGGAGCUAAACACCACCCUGGCUCUGAGGGCGGAGCUUGAGGAAGUGGAGAGCCAGGUGUUUGAUCCUGAGAAAGCUGUGAAAGAGAAACUGCUGAGUUCAAGCCUCACGAAGAACCACAUCAGCAGCAAAGCAGCGGAGGGCCUGAACUUCCCUCGCUCGCAGCACCUGUACCGGGCCUUAGUCAGCGUCAGCCUAUCACGCGAUCAGCUCAUCAGCCAGGCGCUGCAGGAUAGGCCAGCGCUGGCCCCGCCCACUGCCACACUGACCAAUAAGUCUCAGCCACUAGAGGCUCCUGAUCUGCUGCAGUUCUACAGUCCUGACAAGAUGCUCAGAGAGACUCCGCUGUUGCCAGGCGACCGCAUCCCUUUGCCCCGCCCACGGCCUGUGCCUAGACCCGCCCACACAACCUUUCACCUACAUCAUCGCCACAAACUCUGGGAGUCAUGAACUCUGUGUGUGUGUGUGUGUGUGUGCGUGUGUGUGUGUGUGUGUGUGUGCGUGUGUGUG